AUGCCGCCGGCGGCCGGGGAGCUCGCCGGAGCUGGCGGGGGAGUGGAGGCGGAGAGGGUCUUCAUUGGCGCCGGGUGCAACCGUGUUGUGAACAACGUCUCGUGGGGCGCCUGUGGUCUCGUCGCCUUCGGCGCCCAGAACGCCGUCGCCCUUUUCUCCCCUUCGAGAGGGGAGAUCGUGACGACACUCCCAGGGCACAAGGCGGCGGUGAACUGCACGCUGUGGCUGCCGACCAAGAAGGAUGUACUCCAAGUUCGAAGCAGGGAGACACACUAUCUGUUGUCCGGAAGUUCUGAUGGUGCUAUUAUGGCGUGGAAGAUUGGUUCUGGAAUAGGCAAGUGGUCUCAUGUUUUGCAACUACCAGCCAUGCAUAAGAAAGGCGUGACCUGUCUUGCUGGAAGGAUGGUGUCGGAUAGGGUAACAAUUUUCGCUUCCACCUCCUCAGAUGGUAUGGUGGUUAUUUGGGAAAUGGUGGUUGAGCCGACUGCUGGUGGCUCCUGCAAAGUGUCUUGUUUGCAUUCUCUUUCCGUUGGUUUAAAACCAAUGGUUUCACUUUCAUUAGCGGUGUUGCCAGAACAGGAAGGCUGCCUAAUUUUAGCAAUGGGAGGAUUAGAUCAUAAGGUCCACAUAUAUUGUGGGGAUCAGUCAGCAUUUUAUGAUGUGCAGUUCAUUAAAGCCUGUGAACUUAAGGGCCAUUCUGACUGGAUUAGAAGUUUAGACUUCUCUUUACCUGUGAUGACGAGCAGUGAGAAACACGGCCUUUUUCUCGUUAGCUCGUCUCAGGACAAAACUAUUAGGAUAUGGAAGAUGACUUCAGAUGUGCAACAAAGGAAGGAUAAUAUUGGGAUGGCCUCCUACAUUGAAGGUCCUCUAUUUGUGGCAGGUAAUACAAGUUACCAGGUAUCAUUGGAGUCUCUUCUUGUUGGGCAUGAAGAUUGGGUAUAUUCAGUAGAGUGGCAGCCUCCUAGACUGCUACUUGGCGGUAAAGCUCAUCAGCCAAUGAGCAUAUUAUCUGCAUCAAUGGACAAGAUGAUGAUGAUAUGGAGGCCUGAAAAAAAUACUGGCCUUUGGAUAAAUUCAGUGACAGUUGGUGAAUUAAGUCACUCAGCACUUGGAUUUUAUGGUGGCCAUUGGGAACCUGAUGGUAAAUCUAUUCUUGCACAUGGCUAUGGUGGAUUUUUUCAUAUGUGGAGAGAUGUUGGACUGGAUUCUGAAAAUUGGCAGCCCCAGAUUGUCCCUUCUGGUCAUUUUGCACCCGUAUCUGACUUAACAUGGUCUAGAUCUGGUGAAUAUUUGCUAACAGUUAGCCAUGACCAGACAGCACGCAUAUUUGCCCCUUGGAGAAGUCAUGUUGACCCAGGAGAUGUGAUUUGUUGGCGCGAAAUCGCUCGCCCCCAAAUCCAUGGGCAUGACAUUAACUGCGUGGCAUUCAUUCAGGGUACAGGAAACCACCGGUUUGUUUGUGGUGCUGAUGAAAAGGUCUGUAGAGUCUUUGAAGCUACUUUAUCAUUCCUGAGGACCCUACAGGAAGCAACUUUGUUGAAACCUGACAAUGAGGAUUUUGACGAUGUGCAAGUCCUUGGAGCAAAUAUGUCUGCUCUUGGGCUUUCACAGAAACCUAUAUAUACACAUGGAAAGGAAUCCCCAAGCAGCGCUUCUAAUGAUGGUCCAGAUUCCAUGGAGACGAUUCCUGAUGCAGUGCCAACUGUGUUUACUGAGCCUCCUGUGGAGGACCAGCUUGCAUGGAAUACCUUAUGGCCUGAAUCUCACAAACUUUAUGGGCAUGGAAAUGAACUCUUUUCCAUCUGCUGUGAUCAUGCAGGGAAGCUCGUUGCAUCAUCGUGCAAGGCUCAAUCAGCACCAGUUGCUGAGAUCUGGCUCUGGGAGGUUGGAACAUGGAGAGCCGUUGGUCGCUUGCAGUCUCACAAUCUGACAGUUACACAAAUGGAAUUUUCUUCUGACAAUGCUUAUCUUCUGAGUGUAUCAAGGGAUCGUCACUUGUCCGUCUUUUCGAUUAAGAAAACUGAGGAAGGAGCACAGCAUCACCUGGUUACAAAGCAUGAAGCACACAAAAGAAUCAUAUGGGCAUGCUCGUGGAACCCAUUUGGGUACGAAUUUGCAACUGGUUCAAGGGACAAAACUGUCAAGAUAUGGUGUGUUCAAGAUGCAUCUUCUGUCAAGCUGCUCGCCACAUUGCCUCAGUUCCGUGAGAGUGUCACAGCAUUGGCCUGGACGGGCCGUGACCGUGCUCGUAAUGCCGGCAUUAUUGCUGUUGGCAUGGACAAUGGGCUGAUCGAGCUCUGGAGUGUUUCAGGGGGGAGAGCUGCUUCAGAAAGUAGCUCAGAUCCGUCCCCCCUCAGCGUUGCAUGCAUGCUCCGGUUUGAUCCUCUGUUGUGUCAUGUGUCAACGGUGCAGCGUUUGCGGUGGCAGAAACCCGACUCGGCUGAUGAGAAAGCAGCAAUUGAGUUGGCUUCUUGUGGAUCUGAUCACUGCGUCAGGGUGUUUGCAGUCCGUGAUACUUGA